AUGGCACCCAAACAGCCAUCAACAGCAGCAAUCAUCAAGCAAAUACCCACCUUCGAAGCCUCGCUCCUCGCCGACCUCUCCGACCCGAACAACCUCCUCCCGCUCCUCUCCCUCGCGCGGCACGCCUCCCCGGAGGUCGUACAUAAAGCCAUAUGGGCCCUGCAUCGGGUCUUCAUCCCGCUCAUUAGCGCCGGCAAGGUCGGCGGACUUGUAUCUACCAGCUUGGCAUCCCGUGGAUCGGGCGAGGACGAGGUGGACGAGGUGGAAGUCGGAUCAGGGAGGGAGGUGAAGAUUUGGGUGAGGGAGAGACUGGUGGAAUACCUGGAGAUCCUGGCUGGCUUAUUGAGAGACAAUGAGGCGGCAUUACGGUCAUCAGCUCUACCGCUCCUAUUCUCACUGCUUCCAGCUCUGUCAACAUCGGGUGUGCACACCAUCUACUUCAGAAUCAUCCUCGAUGCUCUGAUCUACCCUACCGAGUCUCUGCGCGGUGCCUCUCCUCGGAAGGUCGGCUCGUCCUCGACUUCGUCGCAAUGGAUCGUCGUCCCAGCGCAUCAGGUCAGCGAGGAUGCAGGCGUCUUGCCACAGGACGUAAUCGCGCUUGUCGUGGAUGAUUUCUGGGCAAAGUAUGAUGAUCUCCGGCUACUGUUCUUCCGGGAAGCAAAGCACAUGCUCGAAUCGACCUCCGACCCCCUCCCGCACCCCUCGAACCUCCUCGGCCAGCUUUUCCCACUGACCAACCUCCCCCGGAAACAAGCCGACCUGAACGCCUUCUUCAUUCCCUCCGUUCAAUCGCCCCCUUCCUCCUCUGAACCCAGCUCGAAGAAGUCUAAGCCCAACCCGAGGAAGGGCAAAGGCGGCAAAGACGUAGACGCCACACCGGAGUGGAUGGCCGCAUACGACUCAGGAUCCGACUCGGACUCUGCUACGACCGGUUCCAAACGGCCUAGGGAGCGCACUUCCAAGCUCAACCUGCACGCCGCGAUACACUCGACUGCGGCGCAUACCUCGGCAUAUACAGAUCUGUACAUUGCGGUCUUAUCGACAGUGCCGCUCAGCGAGGCAUGGACGAGAAAGAUUUUGGUGGGGCUGCAUGGAAGCUCGGGGAUCUUGGGGCAUAUGCGCGCGGAUAAGCGGGUGAGAGUGGCGGAUUGGUUGGGGUCGCUGGUGGAUCGGGGAGGAGUCGAGGGGAUGUUGGCGGUGAAUGGGUUGUUUGUUCUGAUGACCCAGUACAACCUUGACUAUCCCAACUUCUACCCCCGACUCUACUCCCUCCUCACCCCCUCUCUGCUACACACGCGCCACCGUGCCCGUUUCUUCCGUCUCCUCGAUACCUUCCUCCGAUCCGCUCUCCUCCCCUCGGCACUCAUCGCAUCGUUCAUCAAGCGCUUGUCCCGCCUUGCCCUGACCGCUCCUCCAGGCGGGAUAGUGCUUGUCUUGCCCUUCGUGUAUGGCUUGUUCAAGCGACAUGUGGGCUGUAUGGGGAUGCUGCAGCGGUACGAUGAGGGCGGAUGGGAGGAUUUGGCUUAUGGUGUAGAUCCGUACGACGCCAACGAUCCCUCUCCGUUCACGUCGAAAGCGAUCGACUCGUCCCUCUGGGAAUUGGCGUCUAUGCAGAAUCACUACCUCGCCAGUGUAUCGACAAUGAGUGGGAUCUUUAGGGAACAAUUCACUAAGCCUGAAUUUGCACUGGAAGACUUCUUGGAUCAUGGCUAUGCCACUCUGUUCGAGACGGAGCUCCAGCGGAAGAUCAAGUAUCCCCCGGCACUGUCGCUCCAGCUGGAGGUGGAUGACAAGUACCGGCCUGACUUGUUCCCUUCGAAUGCGGCGCACGUAGAUGCGAAGACGACGGAUGGGGCGGCGGAGGGAGGCGAAGAGAAGGCUGCUGGGGAUAUAGUAAGCCAGCUGUGGGCCUUCUAG